UACACAACAACCUCUGAGUCCUUUACCACCUGCAGGUGCUAAGGUCCGGCCUAACGCAUGCAUGUAGUACAGGUCAACAACCAACCGGCAAACGGUAUUUGGUCACCAUCCCUAAACCCUUCAGCGUUUUCGUUCAAGUAGGUAUUGAAAUGCACAGCUGCUACAUCAGUUGCCCAGUCGGUGAAUCGAUAUCUCUGAAUUAGCGACACAAUCAUCUACCUGCUGCUGCAGAGACUACAGUAUUUAUCGAACACCCAACUUAUAUUAAUUGAAAGGUUAAAACAAAGCUAGCUUCCGUUUUAUUGGUUUGGAGCGUUUGCGAUAUCCUUGCAGGGUCGUCGGUGACGGCCCCGCUGACCGCGAGCAUAAUGUCGUCGUCACCUCAGCAAGAGGGCGUGCGGGUCGCUGUGCUUCAAGUCUCAGCUUUCGUUGAUCAUGUUUCUACCGUGGAACGUUCCACUCUGGAGCGACUUGUCGGGAAUGAGGUCGCAGGCAGCAGACGCUGCACCCUGAAGGAACUUCAAGACAUCCUCGCAGCAGUCGGCGAGUUCCAUUCGAAAGCGGGCGGCUCUCCCUCGAACGUCGGCCGCGCUUUGGCCAUGGGUUUUGGAACAUCGGUGCAAGUGGUUGGCGCCCGGGGUGCGGACGAAUGGGGCGGCCUGUACGUCAGCUCCAUGCGCCGUGCAGGGGUGGACACGGAGCGCAUGCGGGUGCAGCAGGAGGGCUCCACGGGCCGUGCCGCCAUCCUGACGUGCGAGGGCGAGCGCACCAUGCGGACCUUCAUGGACCCCAGGGUGACGACCCUGCCCGAGGACCUGUCCCCGGAUGACUUCCGCGGCUGCCGCUGGGUGUUCCUGUCCGCCUACUCGCUAUACACGGAGGGGCUGCUGGGGCGGGCGGUGGGGCUGGCGGGGGAGGCUGGCGCUCGGGUGGUUUUGGAUCUCGCGUCGUACGAGGUGGUGGAGGCAUACCACCGGGAGCUAAAGGCGGUAUUGGAGAGCGGCGGCGUGCACUUCUGCGUGUGUAAUGAGGACGAGGCCCAGAUGUUAGUUCGCUGCCUCGGCGACUCCUCCUCCUCGUCCUCCUCGUCCUCCGCUGCCCCCUCCUCCUCCUCCACCACCCCCACCACCCCCAUCGACGCAACCGACGCAACCGCGGCAGCCGGCUAUCCUCCCGACAGCCGCCUUCCCUCCACCGCGCUCUCCCUGUUGCUGCGGUAUUGCGAGGGCGCGGUGGUAACACGCGGCGUGCUGGGUUGCGUUGCGGCAUGCAGGGAGGGGCCCGCAUGCGGCUGUGCGGCUGCUACGGGUGCUGCUGCAGGAGAAGAGGAGGUGGAGAAGGGGGUGGGGAAGGAGAAGGCGGUGGAGGAGGUGGGGGCGGUGGAGGUGGAGGUGGAUGCUUGCGGGGGAGGAGGCGCCCGGGUGCGGGGGAGGGUGGUGGCGGUGGCGGCGGUGCCGGGGGUGGCGGUGGUGGAUACCACGGGAGCGGGAGACCACUUCACGGCAGGUUUCAUGUACGGCCUGAUGUCGGGAUUCCCCCUGGAGCGGUGCUGCGAGGUGGGCUGCCUGGCGGGUGCUGCGGCGGUGCGGGGGGUGGGUGCGGAGCUGGGGCCGCAGGACUGGCAGUGGUUCCACGCUCGGCUGAAUGGUGAUCUGGCGGGAGAUGUGGUGCAGGACAGCAGUGCUGCGGAGGUGGCGCAGGAGCUGUUGGGCUGUUACGCGCUGAUCGGGCGGCUGGGUCGCGGAGCUGUGUACUUUGGCAGUGCGCGGCUGGCCCAGGGGUCGCCCUUCUGGGGCCGGGCAGUGAGGCUGGCGGAGAGGGUUGCCCGGCUGCUGGGCUCUCCCGUGUGGACUGGCGGUGGUCCCGGCAUGAUGCGAGCCGCCAGCGAGGGCGGGCUGCGGGCGGGGGUGCCGGUGGGGGGCAUCCGAAUCAGCCGGGAGGCGGGGACCAACGUGCUCACCAUGGAGGACUAUUUGCCCGCGGGAGCCGCCUUCACAUGCAAGUACCUGCCCGCUCGCAAGGUCGCCCUCACCGACGCGGGAGCGCGACAGGUCCCCGACCAACGUACCGCCUACCUCUUCCUGCCCGGCGGCCUAGGCACCAUGGACGAGCUCUUCAGUGUGCUCACACUGCUGCAGCUGGGCAAGCUGGGCUCGCGGCUGCCGGUGCCGCUGCUGGUGCUGAACUGGGACGGGUUUUACGACGGGCUGAUGUCGCUGCUUCGGGCGUUUGACCAGAGCGGGGCGUUGCGGGCUUCGGAAGUGCGGGAGGUCAUGGUAGCCACCAGCAACGACGAAGUGCUGGAGUACCUAGCAAAGUUCUACGACCUGCCCAUUCCCGAGUCGGAACCCGACGAGUGCAUUGACCUGGAUGCUCGGGAGCCGCUGGCCGGGGGUUGCUGCGGUGCGGUUUUAGGCGGGGAGGAGGAGGAGGACGGCGCGGGUGCUGAAAACGGCGGGGUCUGCAGCGCGGGUAAGCGUGCAGGCAGCGGGAGCUGUAGCGGCGAGGAUGCGGCGGCUGCUGCGGAAGCGGAGGCGGAGGAGAAGGAGGAGCUACAGACGCGGCUGAGGCGGCUGGCUGCUGCUUCGGAUGAGGAGGUGGAGGAAGCAGGUGCGGGUGCGAGUGCUGUGGUCUCCUCGGCCUCGGCCCCAGCCUCCGCGCCUGCCUCGGUUCCGGUCAGCUCGCCUGCUACUGCUUGCGGAACGCCGCAUGGUGCGGGGGCGGCGUGCAGCCGCAGGCGCGCGGCGUCGCAUUGUGGGGGAGGCGGCGGUGCGGGGGGGCAUGCGGGGGCGGGUGCGGGGGCGCAGCAUGCUGUUAGUGCGGAGGAUGUGCUGUUGAACGGGGCGCCGGGGACGCCACGCAAGGUGUGAGGGUUGUAUAUUGUAGUGGUCAGGAAGAAGGAGGACGACUGGGAAGGAGGAAAGGAGGUGAGGUUGGGGUUAGGGUUUAAAGCCGCGGCGGUUGCGUGGUGGUACAGGGGUUUGACGUGGGCUGCGUGCGGAGGGGUUGUAGCGGGCGAGACGGGGAGCAAGAGCGAGAGCGAGGCUUGCUGCUGCUGCUGUUUUGUUCCACCAGGGACUAAAGCGUGCGGCUGCCCGUCGCUCUCUCCGGCUGCUGCAUGUGUUGCGUGUGAGGGGCACAUUGCCCUUCGCGUGCGGGGCAUGCGGCGCGUGAACGUGCGAAUGACAUGUGGGGCUGAGUAAUAAAGCCCCCAGGUGUUCAAUGCGUGAUCCGUGGGUUACAUCUGUAGACCCUUCCAGUAUACUCCCCUGUAGUCCCCCGUGUACCUCCUCAUGGGGUGUGCGCGAGCUAUUAAUCCGGACCGUUUUAACGUUAUCAAUGUGUGAACAGAAUCCGUAUUGAGAAUCCGUCUAUUGCGCCGGCGUGGUCCGCUGCGUGUACUGGCAUAUCUUAACAGGCUGCCUGCCUUCCGUUAUCUCUCAUGUGGGUAUCUUCUUGUAUGGGUACGGAGACGGGGCGGUGGUGUGAUGGCGUGACUGUGGGUAUACGGCGCGUGCGUUAGUCCUGGUUACGGAAUAUGUGUUGUUACCUAUUGACCUGUGUGACCCGUGGGUCUCCUGCGUGAGAUAUUGAAUUGCUGCUGAGUAUACAUCAAUGGCAGGGGACCCCAGGGGCUUUGGGGCCGUCGUUUUGUUUGCAAGCCGUGUGAGGCGUGCGUUAAGGAAACUGGCCUCUUGUGCAUUGUAGUACAUCAGGUAAUACGCAUCAGGGAAUGCACUCCGAAUGCUCAAUGCUUAAAUGCAAGGUAUUCCACUAUCCACCCCUGUCCGCUAGCUAACCCUACGUUGCUACAUAUAUGUACUGCUUAUCAUUAUCCAC